AGCACUUUCAUUAAUAAUAUUGGUGAUAGUAAUAGCAAUGGUGAUAAUAAUUACAAUGGUGGUACCAAUGGCAACUCUAAUGGCGAUAGUAAUGAUGAUAUUACUCUUGGUAUCUUAUCAAAUACUAGAGGUAAAGCACAGAAAGGUAAAAAGGGUUUAUCUAGAAUUGAAUCAGAUGAUGGUAAACCAUUAUCAAUUCACCAAGCUAGAAUUAAGCAAAGAAAAGAACAAAGAACACAACAAGUGACCGCUGAUGAAAGUACUAUUGUUAGAAUCGAAUCAAUAAGAAAUACUAUCGAUACAAGAUGCUCAUUAAUGAUUAGAAAUAUUCCAAAUAGACUACCUCAACAAACUUUAGUGGAGAUUUUUAAUGAAAAGUUCCCUGAUUCAUUUGAUUACUUUUAUUUACCAAUUGAUCCAUAUACUAAAGUAAGUUAUGGUUAUGCUUUUAUUAAUUUCAAAACCUAUAGAACCAUUAUUAGCUUCUAUGAAUAUUUCCAUCACAGAAAAUGGACCAAUUAUUAUUUCCAAAAAGUUUGUGAAAUGGCUUAUGCAAGAUACCAAGGUAGGGUUGCUUUAAUUCAACAUCUUAAAAACAGUGCUAAUCAAUAUAAAAGAAAUACAGCUAUUAUUUAUAUUGACGAAGGUAACUUUAAAGGUGAAAAACAUUUAAACGAAGUUAAUUUAUAAAUUUUUUUUUCCAAAAAAAAAAAAAAAGAAAAAAAAAAAAAACAAAAAGAAAAAAAGAAAAAGAAAGAACCUGUACUAUACAAUCAACAAAUUUUAAAAAAAAAUAAAUUAUCUUUAAAAAAAAAAAAAAGAAAAACAAAUUAUCUUUUUUUUUAUACAAA